AUGUCAACACCUUGCGAAGAGAUUCACAACGAAGCUAUACCAGAAGAUAAUGAUGAAGAAUCAUCAAGUUCCUAUUCCUAUUAUUCAUAUUCUUCAACUUACAAAAUUAAUAAUAUGGAAAUUACCCCGCUGAAAGAUUUUCCCGUAUUUGAAGACUAUAAACUUGAACACCAAAAUAAUGCCCCAAAGAAUGAAAGCACAAUCGAAAGAAACAACAGCGAACACUUUCCACAACCAGAAUCUCCUAAGGAGCAAAGCACUCCUGAAGAAGAUCACUAUGAAUCUGACAACAGUAGUAGUAAUGAUGAAAACAAGCCAAUGAAAAUUGAGGCAAUGUGGAUUGAAAAAGUUCAUGAAGAUAUGCUUUUAUUCUAUGAUGAGCCAAACGGAAAACUAAUCUUACCAUCGAAUAAUGCAUACUAUCCUCCAGUGAAGAGAAUUGUUUAUGACGAAAAAGGUAAUGCUUUUAAAGCUCAUUACCCAAAGGCAUAUACAAAUACUCAAAAAAUGAUCCAAAAGACCAAUAAGUUCAAUAGAAAGGUUCUCAAGCCAAUCAGCAAUAAAUUAUCUAAGCUUGGCGAUAAACUAAAUCGCGGUGCAAGAAAGAUGGCAAAAGGAAUCCAAGAUCUUAAUAAGGAUGAUUAG